AAAGUCUGAAGGUCUUCCUAUCUGCUCGAGUUACUCCAGCACCACAUCCACCGGCAAAAAACCUCCCUAAGCCCCCCGUGUCUCUCUCUCUCUUUCUCUCAGUCUUAGUCCAACUACAAAGCCUCCAGGAUGUCCUACGCGAAAACCAGCUACAAAGUCACAUCGUCCUCCUCCGGGACGGCUCCACGCAGCUUCAGCAGCCGCUCCUACGCAGGCCCCAGCCAGAGCAGGCAGAGCUACAGCGUGCGCAGCUCCUAUGGAUCCGGCGGAGGCAUGGGGAUGGGGAUGGGGAUGGGCAUGGGAGGUGGGAUGGGUGGAGGCGGCGGGUACAUCUCCAGCUCCUCGGUGUACGGCCUGGGCUCCAGCAUGGGGGGAGGCAUGGGCAUGGGGAUGGGCGGCGGGGCCGUGGCACCCAUCACGGCCGUCCAGGUGAACAAGAGCCUGCUGGCCCCACUGAACCUGGAGAUCGACCCCAACAUCCAGGUCGUCCGCACCCAGGAGAAGGAGCAGAUCAAGUCCCUCAACAACCGCUUCGCUUCCUUCAUCGACAAGGUCCGCUUCUUGGAGCAGCAGAACAAGAUGCUGGAGACCAAAUGGAACCUUCUGCAGGGACAGACCACCACCCGCUCCAACAUUGACUCCAUGUUCGAGGCCUACAUCUCCAACCUUCGCAGACAGCUCGACAGCCUGGGCAAUGACAAGAUGAAGCUGGAGGCCGACCUGCACAACAUGCAGGGCCUGGUGGAGGACUUCAAGAACAAGUAUGAAGACGAAAUCAACAAGCGCACAGAAUGUGAAAACGACUUUGUUCUCAUCAAGAAGGAUGUGGAUGAGGCAUACAUGAACAAGGUGGAGCUGGAGGCCAAGCUGGAGAGCCUGACUGAUGAGAUCAACUUCCUGAGGCAGAUCUACGAGGAGGAGAUCCGUGAACUCCAGUCACAGAUCAAAGACACCUCUGUUGUCGUGGAGAUGGACAACAGCCGUAACCUGGACAUGGACGCCAUCGUGGCUGAAGUGCGCGCUCAGUAUGAAGACAUCGCCAACCGCAGCCGGGCUGAGGCCGAGACGUGGUACAAGAGCAAGUAUGAAGAGAUGCAGACCUCUGCCACCAAGUAUGGAGAUGAUCUCAGAUCGACGAAAACAGAGAUCGCUGACCUCAACCGCAUGAUCCAGAGGCUGCAGUCUGAAAUCGAUGCCGUGAAAGGCCAGCGUGCCAACCUGGAGGCCCAGAUCGCCGAGGCCGAGGAGCGCGGCGAGAUGGCCGUGAGGGACGCCAAGAUGCGCAUCAAGGAUCUGGAGGAGGCCCUGCAGAGAGCCAAGCAGGACAUGGCCCGCCAGAUCAGAGAGUACCAGGACCUGAUGAACGUCAAACUCGCCCUCGACAUCGAGAUCGCCACAUACAGGAAGCUGCUGGAGGGAGAGGAGGACAGGCUUGCAAGUGGAAUCCAGUCCAUCAACAUCUCCAAACAGAGCACGAGCUACAGCUCCUUCCCCAUGGAGAGCUCCGGUAGCGCCUACAACAGCUACUCCAGUGGCUACUCCAGCAGAUACGGCAGCGGCGGCGGAUACAGCUCUGGCGGAUACAGCUCUGGAGGAUUCAGCUCCGGCAGCGGCCUUGGCGGAUUCAGCGGCGGCAGCGGCCUCAGCGACGGCAGCAUGACCCAGAGCAAGAAGAGCGUGGUCAUCAAGAUGAUCGAGACCAAGGAUGGCAAAGUGGUAUCCGAAUCCUCUGAGGUCGUCCAGGAUUGAGAGAUUUGACCCUGAAAUGUUGUCCCUUCAUUAGUAAUGUUGCUAUGUUUUUUCCACUCACUCCCUUCUUUACGAUUAAACACUGUUACAUUGAGUUUAACGUCAAGUAUGUUCACGAUCCAGGUUAUACGAUAAAGUAAACCUAACUUUGGCCAAAGAUUUAGAGAGAGAGAGACCAAACUUGUGUAACCCCACAUAGUGCCUUAUAUGCUUUAGAAGCAUGCACACUAAAGCCAGCUAAAGGAUUAUGGCACAUGCCUGUGAAGCACAAAUCACUGGUCACUGUCUUUGGCAAGGAAGAGCACAAUAUCUUGGCAAUGCAAUGCAGGGGUGGCCACGUAAUGUGAUGUGAUGUGUGUUGGCUCUCGUCUUCCAUCUGUGCCUUGACAGACACUAAGUAAAAAACUGCCCUUCAUGAAUGCUGUCCCAGGAGGAGCUGUAUUUUGCUACCAACAAUAAAUGUUUACUGAGAGUA